AUGACCGACGCGGUCACCGAAUCCGCCUACCAAAAGGGUCUGAUACCCGACGCGAAGCCAGUCGACGACGCGCCGCGCCGAACGGACGGUGUUUCGCAGCUCUACGAAGGAAAUGUCUUCGACGCCACCCCCGACGACAGACGCCAGAUCGGCGUCAUCAGCGCCUCGUUCCUCAUCUUCAACCGCGUUAUCGGCACGGGCAUCUUCGCUACCCCGAGUACUAUCCUCUCGCUGUCAGGGAGUGUUGGCUUGUCGUUGAUUAUGUGGGUUGUGGGAACGUUGAUUGCGAUGGCUGGGACGGCGGUUUAUCUUGAGUGGGGGACUGCUAUUCCUAAGAAUGGCGGCGAAAAGAACUACCUCGAAUACGUCUUCAAAAAGCCCCGCUUCCUCGCAACAGCGAUGUUCGCCUCCUACGUGGUCCUCCUCGGCUGGGCAGCCAGCAACAGCGUCGUCUUCGGCGAAUACAUCCUGAACGCAGCAGACGUGGAAGUCGGACGGUGGAACCAGCGCGGGAUCGGUCUGGCCUGCGUGACCGCCGCGUUCCUCAUCCACGCCACGGCCGUCAAGUGGGGUCUGCGGUUGCAGAACUUGCUUGGUGUGAUCAAGCUCGUUAUUAUCGUGUUUGUGGCUGUGGCCGGCUGGGUUGCGCUUAGUGGGCGCAUGCAUCUUGAGACCCCGCCGCAUAAUUUCCGCAAUGCGUUUGAGGGGACGACGGGGAGUGGGUAUGGGAUUGUGAUGGCUUUGUAUAACGUCAUUUGGUCGUUUAUUGGGUACUCCAACGCGAACUAUGCCCUAAGCGAAACCAAGAACCCAACCCGCACGCUGAAGAUCGCCGCUCCUCUCGCCAUCGGCGCCGUCGGCAUUCUCUACAUGCUCUGCAACAUCGCGUACUUCGCGGCUGUGCCGAAAGCGCAGUUCCUGGAAUCCGGACAGACCGUCGCGGCGACGUUCUUCGGGAACAUGUUUGGCGCGCGCGCGGAGAAGGUGAUGUCUGUUUUUGUGGCGCUUUCUGCGUUUGGGAAUGUGUUGUCUGUGAUUUUCUCGCAGGGACGAAUUGUGCAAGAAAUGGGCCGUGAGGGUAUCUUGCCCUUCAGCAAGCUCUGGGCUAGUAACAAGCCGUUCAAUGCCCCCGCGGCUGGACUGUUCGAGCACUGGGUUGUGUCGGUCAUUAUCAUGCUUGCUCCUCCGCCAGGCGACGCCUACAACUUCCUCGUCAAUCUCAUCUCCUACCCCCUCUCGAUCGUCAACUGCUUCGUCUCCGGCGGCCUCAUCUACAUCUACCUGACGCACAAGACCAACUUCCCCGACUGGGCACCAGGAAUCAGAGCCACGCUCCCGGUGACGAUCUUCUUCUUCCUGUCGAAUUGCUACCUCGUCGUCGCGCCGUACGUGCCGCCCACGCCAGACCAGAACGUCUACAAGGAGCUGCCGUACUACCUGCACUGCGUGGUGGCGGUGGCGAUCUUCGCGCUGGGCGCGGUGUACUGGGUUGGAUGGUCGGUUGUGUUGCCCAAGCUCGGGGGGUAUCUGUUGGUGAAGGAGACUGUUGUUGAUGCGGACGGGUGGUCGAGGAGUGUGUUUACGAAGUUGCCGUUGGGGAGUGAGAGGGAGGUUGGGGAUUUGGAGUAGAUGGUUGAUUGGGGGGAGACCAGCUGGUCUGGUCGGUUUGUUUAUUUGUUUGGAUUGUUGAUAGAUUUGCG